GCGAGGGUCUCUCCUCCCCAGAACUCCUUCCCUACCUAUACCCAUUCUAUUAUCCUAAUAAUAUAAUAUUAUCAUUUUAAACUCCUCCCUUUGCACCUCCUUCACUAUAAGUCGCGCAAUAAUUGCUAUUGAACACUUCCUCUUAAAAUACGGUUCUCCAGUGGAGCUGAUCUAAUCACCCCACCUUACCUUCCUCCCCCAUUCACCUACUUACGCCCCCCUAUUGACCAACAAUCAUGGUUCUCGACUACUCAAAGUGGGAUAAUAUCGAACUCUCCGACGACUCCGACAUCGAAGUCCACCCAAAUGUCGACAAGCGCUCUUUCAUUAAUGCCAAACGGCGACAGAUUCACGAGCAGCGCGCUAUGCGAAAGCAGCAGAUUACGAACCUUCGUACCGAGCGUUCGAUGAACAAUGCUCUCCUCUCCCGUGUUUCGCAGCUUAUAUCCACUUUGGACGCCGGGUCAAAAGGCUCUAAAUCCCCUGAAGAAAUCGUUUUCCAAUCUCUCAUGGAUAUCUCUUCUGCCGAUAAUAAUCCUCAGGAAUUUACUCCCCCGGAGGGCGCUCCUUCGUAUGCACAGAUGAUGGCCUCGCUUGUCGAUUCCAUAAAGAAAGAGAUAGACGAGGAGAACCCGGAUGACCGCUGGACCUCCUUUUUGAACAAGCUCAAGGAGCAUAAGGUUAAGCUCACAGGUGUAUACGAAGAUUCUGGAAAGAGAUUGGCAGACCUGGAGAAGGAAGACAAUGCAAAAAUCACUAGUGACAGUAUUCACGACGGCUUUUCCUCCGGACACGUUACCAAGGAAUCUCCGCUUCCGAAGAAGGAACCAGCAAAGAAGACGCAGAAGGUUCAAGCGGUUGAGCAACUUAACCCGGGUGUCAAGGCUAAAGGGCCGCUGGCCACAGAUCCACCCUCCGAUGCCGAUGCCGAAGAGGGCGGCGAUGAGGCUGAUGAAGACGAAGACCACAUUGAGCCAACAGCGCUUGGCAGGGAAUUCUCACAUAUCAAAAUGGGCGACUACCGCGCAUGCAUGGAGUUUAUCUCCCGUAAUUCAGCUGUUGUCGCGGAGAAGGAAACCGAUGGUCUUCUGAUCGAAGCUUUCAACUCGCAAAUCGCCGGGAAAGAAGACUACGCAAAGCAAUGCGUCCACCAAGCUCUCCUUCUACAGUACUGCCGCCAACUCGGUCGCGAUGGAAUAGCUCUAUUCUUCAGAAGGAUAACCACCCCAAACCACCAAGCCCAAAAGGUCUUCCACGAAGACGUUACCACAACCUAUGCACGGAUCCGUGAGCGCGCAGCAGCAAUCGCAACCGAGAGCUCAAACGAAAACGCCGAGCAGAUCCAACUCCAUGCAGUCGACCCGAACACUCAAAUCUCAAUCGCUGUACCAUCGGUCGACAGCGAGGAUCCUGACAUCCAAAAGUCCCGCACAAUCUUCGAAUCCUUCCCUCCCGGACUACAACGUGCUCUGGGGAGCGGUAGUCUGGACGAAGUGAACAAGGUCCUCGGUAAAAUGAGCGUAGAAGAGGCAGAAGAGGUCGUGGGACAACUAGGAGAGGGGGGCAUGCUAUCUUUGGAACCACAGAUUAUCGACGCUACCACCCAAGAGGGACAGCAAGUGCUCAGGAAGAUUGAGGAGGAGGAGCGCGCGGCGAAGGCGAACGCGUCGAGUUCUCCAGAUAUCACGGAGACGGACAGGAAAGGCAAGGGUAUAAGCAAGGAAGAAAAAGGUAAAGAGGAAGAAGCAUUAAAGGAGGAAGAUCUGGCGAACGAGAUCGACUAGGAGGCCUUUCUCCUCCAGUUUCAUUAGUAUUAUAAUUCCUCUGGGUUCCCGUUUGUUUAUUUUCUCUUGUGGUCGAUUGUCUGGUUUUAUUCUAGUUUAUUUUUUUAGCCUAGUCUGUCGAGUCUUGCCCAGGCUACAUACACUGUGUCUGGAAGAGGCAGGCAGGGCAGUCAGCCGGUCAGUCGGUUAGUUGGUUAGGUAGUCGGUCAGUCACCUUUGAGAGAGGCAAUUGGACUCGAUCUACCUACCG